AUGCCGCUGAAAUCACCCGCCGGCUACGGCGCAAUCCCUGCACCUACAACCACCACCACCGUCACAUCAGCACCGACUACCUCAACCUUCGUCUCACGCGCCGCCACCACAACCCGCACCAUCGUCGCCACCGCCCGUCCAUGGCGGGAAGUAUUCACCCUCUCUUCCUUCUCCCGCCCCUACGACUACGGCCAAGCAAUGUCCCGAAUCAAGUUCAACGCCAGCUACUUCCGGGUCAACUACACAAUGACCCUGCUAUUCAUCCUCUUCUUGAGCCUCCUCUGGCACCCAAUCUCCAUGAUCGUCUUCCUCCUCGUCUUCGUCGCCUGGUUCUUCCUCUACUUCGCUCGCGACGAUGACGGCUCCCCGCUGGUGGUGCUGGGGUGGAAUCUCGACGACAGAGCGGUGCUCGCCGGGCUGGGACUCGUCACGGUGUUGGCAUUGGUGAUGACCGAUGUGGGAUUGAAUGUCCUGGUGGCUCUAAUCGUUGGCGUGGCGGUGGUGGGGAUCCACGGCGCGUUUAGAGUCAACGAGGACUUGUUUGUUGACGAGGAGAGUGCAGUUGAAGGUGGGUUGCUCUCCUUUGUGGGAAGUAAUCAUCACCACCAGCCUUUGGGAACUACUGCAACAGGAACGAUCUCUUCCUCCCAAACUUCGUCUUCUCCAUCUAAAGCUCUCGGGCUACAUCUUCAUACCGGAAGGAGAGAGGUAGUUUACGGUUCUCGGAGGAAUCGCCGGACGAAGGAAGAUGUCGUUUUGUGCUGCAGUACUGCUAGCACGCCCUCUACCGUUUCUUCACCUGAGCAAGUGUGGGAAGAACGAUCGAGUCUCAAAACAGCAAGAGAGAGGCAGUUUCAGAAUUUGGUGACGGAGUAUGGGUGGAGGGUGAGGCGGCUGGUGGAUAACUCGAUCGAAGUUAAGGAAGUUGCUCGGGUUCAAGCCGAAGCCUUCCACACACCAGUAGCUCUCUUCGAUUUCGUCUUCUUCCAGUUCUUCAAGGCAGAAGUGCUUUCAGGACUGCUUUACAAGCUUCGGAACUCACCGCGGGACAGAUAUGCAUGUCUGGUAGCUGAGCCAGCCAGUGAUGACGAAUCUUUUUCCAAGCCGUCACCAACCAAGUUCGUAGGAGUGGUCGAUGCAACAGCAGCCAAAGAUGCACAAGUACUCAAACAUCUCAUGGGAGCACGGGAAUAUCUCUACAUUUCAGGAAUAGCUGUAAUGAGCAGUUUCAGAAGGCAGAAAGUCGGUAGCGUGCUGCUGAGAGCCUGCGACACCGUGGCAACACUAUGGGGGUUCGACUACCUAGCCCUCCAGGCAUACGAAGAUGAUAUGGGCGCUCGCUCGCUAUAUGACAGAGCAGGUUACAGAGUGGUUUCAAGUGAUCCUAUCUGGUUUGCUUUGAUCGGGAGAAGACCGCGAGUUCUUAUGGUUAAAAGAGUCUCUAAUGAUGCUGCUGUAAAUCAAACAUUGUAA